ACGAGGUAUCCAUGCUUAUUGUGACUGCUCCUGGAGGAUGUGGCAAGACCACUUUGGCAACAAAGUUUUGUCAAGAUCAAGACGUCAAAGAUAAAUUCCAGAAGAACAUUUUCUUCGUCACUUUUUCUAAAAAGCCCAACUUGGAGCUUAUUAUGAAAGGGUUAUAUGAACAAAAGGGUUAUCCAGUACCUACUUUCCAGAAUGAAGCAACUGAUCCAGUGAAAUGGCUGAAAAAAGUUGAGAUGGAAAAAGAGGAUGAUCCUUUAUUGUUGAUCUUGGAUGAUGUUUGGUCCGGAUCAGAAUCUCUUCUUGGGAAGUUUGAGUUCAGAAUGUCAAAUUACAAGAUUUUAGUGACAUCGAGGUCUGAAUUUCCGAGAUUUGGUCCUUCAUAUCAUCUACAACUAUUGGAUGAUGACAAUGCUAUGGAACUUUUUCGUCAGACAGCAUCCUUGGGAGACAAGAGCUCUCAUAUUCCAAAAGAUCUUUCAAAAGAGUGGCCGGAAGAUCACUUUGCGGGCAACCUGAAGAAAUGUGGCGAAGUAGAGUAGAUGAAUGGUCAAAAGGUUCUUCCAUUCUUGAUUUUGAGAUGGAAUUGCUGCUUCGGCUCCAAAGCAGUGUAGAUGUCUUGGAUGAUGCAAUGCCUAAUGUCAAAGAAUGUUUCUUAGACCUAGGUGCUUUUCCUGAAGAUGCUGAAAUCAAAGUUACAGCUCUCAUUGAUAUGUGGUCAGAGUUGUAUGAUCUAGAGAAAGAGACAUCAUGCAUUGCCAAACUCUAUGAACUCAACAAUCGCAAUCUAGCUCUUCUAUAAGAAUCAGAAGGGGAUAAGGGUUUGGAAGUGGUACAUGAGGCAAUUGAUUACAGCAAAUACGUUGUUAGGCAGCAUGAUUUGCUAAGAGAACUGGCUAUCUACAACUCUAAACGGGGUCCCAUGCAGCAUAGAGAAAGACUGGUUAUAGAGAUAUGCGGAAACAAUUUUACCAAAUGGUGGAGACAACAAAAAUAUCCAUACAUGAAUGCUCGCCUUGUAUCAAUCUCAACUGAUGCAGAGUUGUCAGUGAAAUUGCCAAACUUGCAAUUACCAGAGGCAGAGGUUCUAGUCUUGAAUUUUCAAUCAAAAACGUCCUAUGCCUUACCCGAAUUUGUGGAGCGAAUGGACAAACUCAAGCUGCUGCUUGUCAUAAAUUAUUCUAGCCUUUGUGAAGAAUUGGAUAAUUUUCACCUACUGGGAUCCUUAUCAAAUCUUAGGAGUGUCAGAUUAGACGGCAUAAAUUGUUCUUGCAUAACCAAGAGUCCAGUACAAUUGAAGACUGUAUACAAAUUAUAUUUGAGAGAAGGUAGAUCUUUCGGCGAAAAUCCUUUGGGAUCAUC